AUGACAGUCAACGCAGCGGCGCCUGCGGGCACCGCACUGUCAGAUUUGCCGUUGGAAUAUCUCAGCCUCUACCAUACGGUCGAUCCAUAUCUCUCCUCUAUUCUCGUCUUCUACGGCCCCGUUGCGACUGCACAUGCCACCAUAAGCAGCUCGCGCAUUCAGGCGCACAUCUUUACGCCCGCUGGAUUUCGGAGCUAUCCGCGCUUCACCAUAUCCCCUGCCGCUUCAGUGUAUACCGCGGUCAAUCACCUACCCCGUGAUAAACAAGGGAACGAAGUGGCCCGCGGUCUUGCUGUCAGCAUGUUGAAAUACUUCACUGAGCUGUCAGACCCGCUCAAGCAUUAUCUGACGGAGAAGGCCCGUGCUGCCAGGCAAGGUGGCAAGGUCCUGAAACCGUUCGAAGCGGUCCAUGCCGCAGAUUUGGCCAAUCGUAUGACAAGAGUCGACGAUUCAUCGGAGAUUGUUCGCGAACUUCGCACGGCGUACCAGGAUCGCAAAGUUUCUUGGACCGAUAUCGACGUCGUCUUGCCCGCAGGCACAAUUCAAAAGUCUGAGAGACGCAACAGUGCCGGCUCGGAUAUCGAGGACUCCCAAACUUUUGAUUAUGGCCCCUACACCUCCCUCAUAUCAGCCCUGGGAGAUCCGAUGUUUUUGCCAACAUCACGACUUAAGCGUGCCCCUUCACAACCGACCAAUGUUAGCAAGUCAAGACUCUUCACUCGGGCUCAAAAAGAAGCCCUUCGUCUCACUAUGUGUGAGCUUGUUGAUACAGAAGAAAGAUACGUUGCCAAGCUGUACUCUCUUGUACACGAAGUGGCAGACGAGUUUCGACAAAAAGCUCAAACUCGGGGCCACUCAAGUACCAGCCCCAAUGAGAAAUCGCUGGCUGCUCUUUUCCCACCGUGUUUGAACGAAAUCCUGGAAGUCAACCUUGGUUUUCUAGAUGUUAUUCGGCAAGUGCUUGACAAGACCGAAAAGGAUGCCAUCGAAGAUAUCAGUCAAGACACCGAGCUCCCAGCAACCAGUUACCAUCGAAGAGAGAAUUGGGAUGCACUUGGUGCCGUGACGUUUGCGAGAGCACUGCUCGAAUGGCUACCCCGAUUCUCGCAGCCUUAUGCGGACUAUAUGCGGGCCCACAAUGGCUUUACACAGACGCUCAAUUCCUUCAUGAAAGAUAAGGGCUCCAGCUUCUCCAAGAGAGUGUAUGAGACUGGAGAGCAGAGACUAAGAUCUCUGCUGAUGGAACCUGUUCAACGACUUCCUCGUUACAGUUUAUUGAUUGAUACCAUGACUGGGAACUUGCCACUGGUGCAUCCUGCCGUUCGGCCACUUCUCAAAGCUCGGGACAUUGUCAAGGACAUCUGCGCCCUGGAUGAUUCGUCUCCAUCUUCACACGCACAGAGUCUCAAGCGAUUGAGAGAGCUCGUAGAUGGAUGGCCAGCCGAUCAAUUUCCCGAUGGUCGCUUGAUCACAGCUGUCGAUGUCAACGAGAUUGCACCUCCCUAUCAGCUAGAUGCGCAGGCCCCGAGCUCGGCCGCGGGAAUUAUGCUUCUUUACAGGAACUGUCUGGUCCUACUUGCAAAGCCUGCCGAAAGUCGAGCUACUGCGCGUGCAGUAUUGGCCGACAUCGACAAUGCGGCCUCAUCAACCAACGAAACGUCUACGUCCCUACCAGCAUCAGAGCUCAAGGUUGUACAGGUUCUGGAGCUUCAUGCUGUUCGUUGCAUGCAGUCGGCCUGUGGCAGGCUGCUAUUCAUUUUACCCGCAUCGUACAAGCCUAACACCAGCUCCACGGAUGGCGAAAACGAUCUCAUUGCGUUGGAGCUGACUGCCAUGUACGAAGGAAAGGCCAGUCGUCUCAUCGAAGAAGUCACCAAAGCCAAGAUCGAGGGCAGAUUUCCUGAGCAAGAGCGAGAGGGAGGCAAAUGGACCCUCCGCAGUCCUCCUGCAGCCACGGGAAAUACAAGUAUUUUAGCCUGCGUAUGCGAGGACGGCCAAAGUACCGCACUCAGCGAAGCACAGGCAUCCCCAAUUCGCUUACUCUUCGACACUCCUAAGGCAAAGUGCACACAGAUGCUCCAAAGCACCAAUCUGGAGAUGAUUAUUUCGAUCGCUCCACCUAACGGUGACCAGUUCAGAAUGGAUAUUGACUCUGUUGUCGGCGCUCCAUCGACAGAUUUUGUCACAGUGGAAAAUUUUAUCUUGACUAUGUCACGCCGUUUGCAAACUCUUCUCUCAAAUCUGCACAGCCCUCGGAACCCCAGAGUGAUGAAGCCUCUUGUUCAUUCAAAUUUCGAAAUUCUUCGUUACCUCGCGAGCAACUUGAUCACGCAAGUCAAAUCAUCACGAAGCUUCCGUCGGCCCUCGCCUACCAAAUUAAUAUCGAACCUUCUGGGAGGUAGUCGUGACAACGUCCCUACCUUAAAGACACCUAAUUCGGCGACUCUGCUGGGUGAGUUCCCGAAGAUGCCACCUCCCAGACCCCAACAUUCCAGGUCAAAUACUGUGCCAUCUACUUUCCCUACCAAAGAAAAGGAGAGAGAAGAGAGCCCGAGCAAAUCACCAGGAGCUGGAGCGACUGCCCUCAAGGGGCCUGACAGCCAGCUUGGAUCUCUGGAGCAAACCUUCGCAGCAUACGUGCUUUCCCUCCAAUCUCGAAGCGGGAACAUUCUUGGUCGUAUGCUCCGGUCUCGAGACCAUGCGGAUCGUGCCCCGGUCAACGAGCUUUACAAUGUCCUACUGGAAGACCCAAGCAAGCUUCAAUCUGCUGCGGAAGUGCCUGUUGACACUCUAUUUGUCGCUUUUGAGACAUUCAUGAAAAACGCCUGGAAGUUGAGUAUGGGCCCAGUCCUGGCAGUGUCAUCAUUGAGAUCCCUUCAGAGUCAGUUUGACACCAUGUUCCCCCUGGACUUUGAUGAUCAAUUCAAGAAAUUCUUGGUGGAUAUUAGUCCCCAGAAUCGCCGUGCUUUGGCCGCCAUCAUCCGUCUGCUUGCUGAGCUGCUUGAUGCCUCUGGUAACGACGGAGAUCGAGGAGCCUUGACUGUGGCGUUCGCGGAUGUUCUCACCGAGGAAGGAGAUCCCGUCCAGCAUGUGUCGCUCUUAGACCGCCUAGUCGAGGAUUUUGACAAUCUUUUCGAAGAUUUCAUCCCCGGUGGCGCCUCUGUCGAGGGGACUUUGGGUUACGACCAGGGAAAGACUUCUCAAGCAAAUUCCGGAUCUGUCGGUUCAAAUAAUUCUUCAUUCAGAAAGCGCUUUGGGUUUGGUCUAAACAAGGAGAACCAGAAGAACGAGGGAGAGAGUAAGGUCGCAUCAAUCCUACGAACUCUCAGCAAGCGACAGAGCCCUACGGAAUCAGAACCUACUACUCCCAGAAGUAAUUUGAUACGUUCCAAGUCCACCGAUGUGGACUCUCGCCUAGGAUUUCUUCGACCUGGGUCGCGCGAUCGCCCCAACGGAUUUUCUUCUGAGGAACAGAUCUCGCGACCAGGCACUGGUUAUGGACAGCCGCAGUCCUUGUCGUCAGUUCGUGAAAUCUCACAAGAUGGGGUAGUCAAGAUUCGCAGAAAGCGCAGAAGCUCGCUGUCAGAUUUACGCCCCCAAACAGCCUCAUCUGAUACAUCACAAAUAUCCCCUACCCACCCAUUGCGUCCGGUGACUCCAUCUAAUAUCCCACGUCCGGAUGUGACGACGCCAACCAGCCAGCAGAGGCCGCGAAGCAGUUACCUAGCAUCAUCACCUAGCAGAAGUACAUCGCCCGCGAAAGGGUACUCUUCCGUUCGCCUGGGGUCUCCUAUUCGACGGAUGUCACCCCCGCGGCCUUCCACCCCGAGUAGAAAGGAGAAUAUCGAUCCCAAGAUCUCACAGACGGAUCGUGCAUCCAAGAACAAGCCAGACAUUCCAGAGUCGCCGAGUCAGGAAAGCAAGAGGCGAUCUCGCGCCACCAGCAUUCCCCAGCGGGCCCCCGGCCUCCGAGAUCGAUCAACAGUCAACAGCACGGAAGUCAAGCGACCUCAGUCUUCUUCUUCGUCGACUCAAAAGCCGCAGAAACUGCGGUUGCAAAGUCCCCAAAAGCUUCGCGAGCGUGUUUUUAACGAGAAGAAAUUCCAAGCCACUGCCCAGCUUGGUAUGCGAGACGAGCUUAGGGCACUUGGCGACGAACUGAAAGCUCUGAAUCUCACACCAAGCAAACAAUCCAGUGUGGAGCCGACCAUGGGCUCCCCGGGUGCUCAUAUCUCUUCAGCUGCUAGUGCUUCCCUUGAAGCUCGUAUGCGAAGCCUCGAAGCUCAUUUUGAACAGCUCUCUGGAGAGUGCAAUGGACGAACAUCGGCAUUGGAGAGAGACUUGGAGUCAUCCUUGGUCGUGAGCGAGAAGCGCGUCAAAAAACUGGACGAGCUGUACCGAGAAGCCAGUGCAGAAAACGAAGCUCUCUAUGAUCGAUUCAAUUCCGAGCUUAGUAAGAUUUCCAGAGACGUUCGAUCUGGAAGUGCGGAAGACGCUCUACAGUCCCAGCUUUCCAAGGCAUUGGAAGAAGUUGGCCGCCUCAAGAAAGAGAACUUCCGCCUGAAGAGAGAGACCGGAGGCCUUCGGGCUCAACAGGCCGCUGUUGCUCUCCUGAAGGCAAGUGAAUAA